GAGCAUUUUGAAGCAUAAUCCAGUCCAAAUGGUUGUCCAAGUCAAACCCUGCUCACACCACUGCAGCAAGACAAUUGAGGGAACUCAGCAAAUAGUGGAAGCUAAUAUCUUAUUACAUUUCGGGAAAUCAGCGCUCACCGUCCGAUUUAUUACCAGAAGAUUUAUAGGCGAGUCCGGUGAAAUAGAAUCAAUUUACAGUCAUAUUGACACAAUUGACGGGAAGGAAAUAUCCUUCAACAUAUUGGACUCGCUCUACCCACAGGACAGUGCAAUAACUGAGUCGAUAAGCGAGAAACAGCUUCAAUUGGCAGACGGCGUGAUACUGGUAUACAGCAUCUGCGACCGCUCCAGCUUUGAGGAAGUGCGCCAACAAGUGCAGCGCAUCCGCCACGCCAGUAGGAAGAUGUCUGCAACAGCUCCCAUCAUCAUUGUUGGGAACGAACGCGAUUUGCAGCACCGACGGACAGUCUCAAGUGGGGAGGGCCGAAUCCUUGCUAUCUCGGAAGAAUGCGUAUUUUUCGAGAUAUCCGCAGCUGAAACAUACCACGGUGUUUUGCUGGUGUUCCAUGGACUGAUAGAUCUUAUCUGAGAGUCGAGAGCUCUGCGGAAAGGUGCUGCGGGUAUUAAAAGUAUAGUGAGAAGCAUGUCAGCUGUAUUCGGGAAGAAACGUGCAGAGUAAUCUACCACAGGAUAGGCUACAUUAUGCGCAAUGAUAUUUAGAUAGUCAGAACAUGUAGGUAGCUACUCCGUUGGCAAUUGAGAAAAAUGGUCUAUGGCAGAUUGUAGUGCAACAGCAGAUGCUGAGAGGGAACUUAAUUGGGAGGUUUUCAGAAAGGAGAAAUUGGUUAUCUUGUAGAGUUACACUAAAGAUUGAAUUGCAGAUGGAAGCAGUCAUUCAAUAAUUUAUUCUACUUUUUGAAGUUGAAAAGUAGGCUUACAGUACUGUUGAUAAACUGUAUGAGAAAUCAUGUGCACUUCCAUCCUUCACUCAAUAUGUAUUCAAUAUGAAGCAUGAACAGGAAUCUGAAGUAGCUGACAUCUGACAAUACUGUUGAUCUGAUGGAAGUCCUACCCAUUGCCAAUUGUUAGGGAGUUUCUGUUCAGUGACAAUGUACAUUCAGUUUGUAAAAUGUUGAAGGCUUGAUGUGUGUAUAAUCAGCAAUGCAAAACAAAACAAUUACAUUUCAGUAUUAUACUUUAUCUGACAACAAACAACUUUAAAAUUAGUAAUGUAACUAUGUUACACGUUCUAGCAGACUUGAUACUUAUUUGUGCUGUGCACACGUUUGUUUGAGAAUUGUAAAUAAAUGAAUAUAUGAAUAUGAGAGAGAAUUCAGUAGACUGCACACGUCAAACAUUUGAUUUAUGACCCUAUGUCCUGAUGACGUGUGCAUGCCCAUAUUUGGGUAUCCGGUCAGAACUUCCCGCCAGGAUGUCAUCACGUGCUCCAGGGAGUGUCAAUGUAGGGGCAUACUGCCAGGACAUCCUGUUCCUGUUCUCACACCCUAGAGUGAGUGUUAAUUUAUGCAUAUAGUGCAUCUAUUCCUUUGAAGCUGUCACGCUUUAGUUGGUGUUUAUUUAACAAGAUAGUGCAUCUGUAUAUGUUAAAGCAUGUGUCGGCAUUUGAUCUAUGUUUUUGAUCUAUGUUUAUUGACUUUUAAAAAAGACCACCGUAACAUGUCAGAGUAGAGAUGCUACAAAAUCUGUUAGUUCGUAUAUAUUUUCAAAAGCCCAUCUGGAUGUGAACUACAUUGUGCCUGGAAAACCUACGGAGCUGGGGCUUGUGUGGGAUAUCCUACGAGCAAGAGAGCCUGUCUUGACGACAGGGUGGAAUUGGAAACGGCAGGAUGUAUAAACCUAUAACCCAGGCCCUUUAUCUGCAAGAAAGGAAUAGUAAAAUUGUUUAAUUAAUUGUAACAUGUUUUAAAAGGUCUGUACUAAAUAUUUUGAAUUAAAUAAAUGGUUUUAAAAUUGUACCUCACCCUAUAAUGAAUGGGAAUUGAUCGUUUUCUCUCUCGUGGAGAAAGGCUUUUCUGGGAAAAUGGGUCUGUGGUUUUAAAACAAUGUAUUAUUUUAUACGAAUACAGUCUUUUCUGUAUUCAAAUAUUUGGAAAAAGUUAUAUGUUGUAAUGUUCACCUUUAUGCAAUGCAAUGCAUGAAACAUGAAUGGGUUAUUCUGGGAAAGUACAUGUAUGAGCUGAGUACUGUAGAUGGGAAAA